GGAGGACAUUGAGCUGUUACACAUUUGCUGUGACCCUGUUCCCAUUUACCUGGAUGCUUGGCUUUGAAUCAACACCUGCUGCAGCUCUUACAAGAUAAUUUUGAAUUUUAAUCUCUGUUUCAAAGAACCUCUCUCACGUCUUGCCUGAGCUGAAAAAUUCCCAGCCUAAUGAAGCCCAAAAAGGAAGUACAGGAGAUGCCAGAAGUAAUGGCGAAUCGGUAUGCUGAAGAGGCUCCAUCCACUGGGAGGUCUAAGAAUGGAUAUGUUUUCCAGGAGAUGGAGCUGAAGGAUGGGCAGAAGGAGGAUUCGGAGCAGGACUCACCUACCACUAUCAAAGAUGACAUAUAUGAAAACGACAUCCAGAUCAGUGUUUCAGAUGCUGAAGGUCCUGGGUAUGGGCUUUUAAACACAACAAGAAAAUAUGUAAAGCCCAUGAACUUCCAAGAGGAAGUGCGUGCCCACAGAGACUUGGACAGCUUUCUUUCUCAGGCAAGCAUCCUUUUGGAUGAAAAAUCUGCUACUCUGGAUGAAGUCCUGAGGCGAAUGAUCGCUCACAUGGUGGAGGAUGGCCAUGGCAGCUGCAACGUAGAAGAGGUGAUGAACUCGUUAUUCACAGAUGCAGGAGCCAGAGAUAUUAAUGUUCACCUUCUGACUGAGACUAUUCAGGGUGUGACGGCUACGUCAACCGGUAUUCAUUACCAGCAAUCCUGGCUUUGUAUUCUGUCCAAUGUGAGAAACCUGCAGAGGCGUCAGGUAUGUAUCACCCGCCUGGAGAGGCCGCAAAACUGGGGAGUCAACUGUUGUGAGGCCCGUUACGUUAUCUUAAUCCUCGCACCGCCAAGAACGAAAAGCACCAAGACGGCUGUUGAACUGGGUAGAACAUUCGCCACAAUGUUCUCCGACAUUGCCUUCAGACAGAAGCUGCUGGAAACCAAAACCCAGGAGGAGUUCAAACAGGAACUGGUCUCUCAGCGACACCAGCUCUCUGUAGUUGAUGGGAAGAUGGUCACGGAGGAAGUGGAUGACUCAGACCCACGGAGAGGAAAAGCACUCCAGUGCAGACAUUUCUUCAAAGCUGGUAAAGGAGUUUACGAUGACCUCCGUCGGAGAUUGCCUCUUUAUCCAUCAGACUUCACAGACGGUCUAACAGGGAAGGAUCGCUGUUUACUGAAGUAUACCACCACUGCUAUCUUCCUCUACAUUGCCAUUCUUCUGCCUGCAAUUGCCUUUGGCUCUCUGAAUGAUGAAAGCACAAGAGGGGAAAUAGACGUUCAGAAGACCAUUGUUGGCCAAAGCAUCGGAGGAGUGAUUUACUCUCUGUUCGCUGGUUCACCUCUGGUCAUUCCUCUGACCACUGCACCAUUGGCCAUUUUCAUCAGCGUUAUCAGGGGCAUCUGUGAUGACUACGGCCUCGACUUUGAUGCUUUCUAUGCCUGCAUCGGUUUAUGGAACAGCUUCUUCCUUAUCCUCGGGGGCUUAUUCAAUGUCAGCCUGAUGAUGAAACUCUUCAAACGCUCAACGGAAGAGGUCAUUGCACUAUUCAUCUCCAUAGCUUUUGUUGGGGAUGCAGUGAAAGGCACUGUCAAAAUUUUUGAACACUUCUACCAUGGGCCAACACUGGCAACCACAAACAGCACAGUGGUGCUUCAGCAGAUUAAUGAGAUUCUGGAGAAGAUCGAGAACCAGACAACAACCGUGCCACAGUAUAACACGUCACAUCAAACAGAGAAAAUGUUAGUGUUCUUGCCGGAGACACUGGUGGAAUGCACCAGAGAAAGGCCCAUUCUCUGUCUGCUGCUCAUGUUAGGGACUUUGUGGCUGGGCUACGCACUCUACCUCAUCAAGAGGAGCCCAUAUCUGAACGGUAAAAUCAGAGAGGUGGUGUCUGACUGUGCUUUACCUAUCUCCGUGGUGAUAUUCUCCUUCAUUGGCUCCUAUCUUUUCAUUGACAUACAGCUUCCUGUUUUCAGUGUCCAUGAUGGUCCAAUCUUCAAGUACCCUGCAUUUGAAAAGCUGUCAGGACUGACGGCUCUUAGCGCGGUCGGACUAGGUUUCCUCCUUGCGCUGCUAAUCUUUAUCGACCAGAACAUCGUUAUCUCACUGACACACGUACCAGAACACAAGUUGUUAAAAGGUACAGCGUUCCACUGGGACUUAAUGCUGACUGGCUUCAUCAACAUCCUCAUGUCCUGUCUGGGGUUGCCAUGGAUGCACGCUGCCUUUCCUCAUUCCUCCCUACACGCCCGUCAGCUUGCCAAAGUGGAACAGCAUGUAGAAAACGGACACCUCUACACAACGAUCGUCAGCGUCAAAGAGACGCGUCUGACCUCACUUGCAGCAAACAUCCUGAUCGGCCUGUCUGCAUUCAUGCUACCCAUUCCUCUCCAGUGGAUCCCCAAACCUGUCCUCUAUGGCCUCUUCCUUUAUAUUGCAGCCACUUCGCUUGAUGGGAAUCAGAUGGUGGAUCGCAUGACCCUGCUGCUUAAGGAGCAGACAUCUUAUCCUCCCACCCACUACAUACGCCGUGUGCCUCAGAGAAAAGUGCACUACUUUACAGCUCUGCAGAUGAUCCAGCUGAUCAUCCUGUGUGCAUUUGGGAUGUAUCCUCUCCCCUACAUGAAGAUGGUGUUUCCGCUGCUGAUGAUCCUGCUGGUCCCCAUCAGGACCAACGUGCUUCCCAGAGUGAUUGAUGCCAAAUAUCUGGACAUCAUGGAUUCGCAGUACAUGUAGAGCAACUGGACAACCUUGUGAAAAGAUUGAAAAGAGAAAGGAACAGACUGAAAGGUUAAUUACUGUGUUUGUAACCACAACAUGCUCACAAGAUUUCUCCUGAAGCACUUUCUGGUGACAGGUCUGCCACUUAUAGAUUUCACAGGUUUUCCCAUAAAAUCCACUAUAACUGUAACUGGCUUCAGUAUUAAACAUUUAUAGGUAGACGUAAAGAACACAUCUGCAUGCAGACAAAUCUGUGAGAAACCUUUGAUGAGCCAGUGUAUAUCUUUAUCAUUUUUUUAAGUAAAUAAAAAUGUUGAUUGUUUAAUUCAAGUAUUGUGUUUUUCAAAGGAGAGCCACUGCUGCGUAGAUUCACAUGCUGAUAAGGCAACAUCUCAACACGUAAAAAUGAUCACCUCUCUUAAGCAAAUGUUCCUUUUACUAGAUAGUUGUGAAAACUUUCAUUCUGUGUCACAUAAUGUGCUGUAUGUUGUCAUGACUGUGUGAUAUGCCAAAGCAGCUUAAUGUGGGGUCAAAUAAACCCUUUUUAACAGAACUGGUUUAACACAGUUUUUCACAGAGAAAAAUAUGUACCGACUCUUUCAUUGCCACAUGGGCUUUAGGGCGAUCACAGUAAUGUCACACAGCAGGGUUCCCACAGCUUAGAGGAAGACUGCUGAAAGUAUUUUGAUUUGAAAUGCCACCAAUAGAUGGCAGUGGAGGUUCACACCCCAGAUGCUAAAAUUCCACCCCUCACUGUGUGUACCCACUAUUGUAUUACAGAAAAAAAGAACAUAUUCAUGUACGCCUUCAUCUUGUAAAAGAAAUGAUAAUGGAGUUAUGACCACCCAGUUAUUAAACAUGAGUGGCUUCCCAAGGUCACUGGGUUUGUAUAAUCAAACAUCCAAUUUGUUUCAUGUAUAUAUUUUUCUUGCAUAGCCUCUUUUGUAAACCAACACCUGCUUUAUUUGUCUGUUUUCAUCAAAACCGUCAUUCUCAUAACAGCCCCUGUUUUCUGCUUUAACAGUCUGCUCAGUGUAUAUUCUCUCUGUCUCUCUCUUUCUCUCUCUCUCUCUGUCUCUCUUUCUCUCUCUCUUUCUACAAGACAAACACGUGACUGAUGUGAACUUGUUCCAACCAUAAUGUGGGUUUACAUUUGUUUGUUUUUUUGUAGAGACGGGUGACAGUAAGUGUUUGCUCUGAUUUAAUGGAUCUGUUAUUUUAAAAUGGGUUUUGUCUUUGUUGAAAGAAAAAUAUCUAGUUUUACAAUAAGUCAACAUAUUAUUGAAUUCUGUAUCCACGCUUAAAAUGCCAAACGAUAACAAGAAUGUGAAAUCCUAAUAUUCACAUUUUGAAGAAAAUAUGACAUUACUUGAAAAUCUAUUAAAUCCUGAUCUGAUUUGAAGAAGAACCUGAAGGUCAUGGCAACAUCUUUAAAAAGUUGGAAUGACUUUGUGUUGCAUUUUUCUUCUGUCAUGUAGAGUUAAAAAAACAAUUAUAUCCCCACUACGGCUUCAUCCAAAGUAUCAUGGGUUCAGCCAUCUGCUUUAUAAUAUUAUAUAUGACCUUUAUUUUACCAGGUUGAGGUUGAAAUAUAAAAUUGUGUAAACAGGUCAGUUUUGUACACACAAGGACUCAUAGCCACUUUGUACUAACCCUUACUUAUUAACACCUCUGGCAGAUUUAAACAUAUUCUUAUUCAACCAAUAAGCUUGUUUCUGAUAGGCAAUAAGAGAAGACACUCUCAAAGGUUACCAAAAACAGAAAAAGGUGUAAAUCUUUUUUUGUUCGCUUGUAUUAAAACGUGUCAAAAAUUAUUUACACAUAUAACUCUAAACAUCCAAUGGACAAAUCUGUAAUGGCAUUACAGCAAUCAACACUUUAUUAUAUUUGCUGAACAGCUUUUUGAACAAUUUCAUUAUUUACGGUUAUGAGCUCCAGGACUUUUUGGCUGGAAGGCCUCUUUGCCAUCACCCUCAUUUUUAGCCCUUUCACAAAACAUUUCCAUCACAAAUCAGCAAAGAUGAGCUUUCCAUGAUCUCACGUUGACCAUUCAUAAAUCACAUUUCUUUUGCUGCAUGGAUUUGAGAUCAUAGAAAAAGGAUCCAACUGUCCAGGCGGCAGGAAUAGUUCUGUUCUUCAGCCUUUAUCUUCUGGGUUCCCACAUCUCCCCAUUGUCAGACUGCUGAAAGCCUAAGUGUGAGUUGAUGUGCAGCAUUCUUUGCCUGCCAUGUCUGAUCUUGACCAAGUUCUCGUUUUUUCUUGGAUUUCCUUGCCUCACCUUGCCCUUGCAUGGACACUUCAUCAGCUUUUGUUUUUCUGGACACUGACCUGGACUGUUUCACGACCACAAACCUAGCCAAGCCUUUUGGAUCUGUCAGCUAUCUAACCGGCUUCAUGCACUGCUCUCUAACCUCAGUCCUGUCUCCUGUUCACCUCCCGCUGUGAGCAGCCCACUCUUCGCCUCACCACAUUUCUGCAGAGGUUUACAUGCCUGCACCAGGGCUUGAUUAAUUAUUUCAAUAAACCUUUUAAAACACAACACUGUGUCCGGCUGAAUAUCGGGUUCUCUGAUUUUCUGGUGUUGUUUGUCCUGUGUCUCUGUGAUGGACUGUGGAUGCGACCAGGAUGUGUUUUCCCAAUCAUGACUAGAGAACAGUGCAACCCUGAUAAGAAAUAAACUGGUAUACAAAGUGGAUAUAUGGGUUUUCUAACUGUAUUGCUGAAAUAAAGAUCUUAUGUAAAAAAUA